GGAGAGAAAUGGCUGAGAGUGGAAACCAGGAGCGGUUUGGGGCGCUUCGCAAAGUUCUCCAGCCCCGCAAGCUGGCGAUGUGCCUACCAAAGGCUGGGGACCCGUACGUCUGGUCCUGCCCGACGCUGCUUCCACCCCGCGAGCUCUGGGAAAGGUCUCUGCGUGACAUCGAGGGCCAUCGCGGCCCUGGGGAGGGGAGUUCAGAAAGACUCACUUUGCGAGGUGUUUACACUGGGGGUGGGGGUGGAGGGGCUGGGCGAAGUUACCUGGAAUCAACUAAAUUCCUGUGCUUGCUUAGUGUUGACAUUUGAAUCAGGUCCAAGAUGUUCUGCUUUUAGCCCGGGCAGCCCUGAUAUAUUAGCAACAGGCAGAGGUUCCAGACCUGGAAUUCUUACAGCAAGGAAAAGGGGUCGCUGAACUAACUCCAAGCUGGUGUGCAAAGUGUCCGCGCAGCUGCCGGCCCAGGAGCUGGAGUGGCCAUGGCGGCCGGAGUUGCAGCCUGGCUGCCCUUUGCCCGGGCCGCGGCCAUCGGGUGGAUGCCGGUGGCCAACUGCCCCAUGCCCCUAGCCCCGGCCGACAAGAACAAGCGGCAGGAUGAACUGAUCGUCCUCAACGUGAGCGGGCGGAGGUUCCAGACCUGGAGGACCACGCUGGAGCGCUACCCGGACACGCUGCUGGGCAGCACGGAGAAGGAGUUCUUCUUCAACGAGGACACCAAGGAGUACUUCUUCGACCGCGACCCGGAGGUGUUCCGCUGCGUGCUCAACUUCUACCGCACGGGAAAGCUGCACUACCCGCGCUACGAGUGCAUCUCCGCCUACGACGACGAGCUGGCUUUCUACGGCAUCCUCCCCGAGAUCAUCGGCGACUGCUGUUACGAGGAGUACAAAGACCGCAAGAGGGAGAACGCUGAGCGGCUCAUGGACGACAACGACUCGGAGAACAACCAGGAGUCCAUGCCCUCGCUCAGCUUCCGCCAGACCAUGUGGCGGGCCUUCGAGAACCCGCACACCAGCACCAUGGCUCUGGUCUUCUACUACGUGACUGGCUUCUUCAUUGCCGUCUCGGUCAUCACCAACGUGGUGGAGACGGUGCCGUGCGGCACGGUGCCGGGGAGCAAGGAGCUGCCGUGCGGGGAGCGCUACUCGGUGGCCUUCUUUUGCCUGGACACCGCCUGCGUCAUGAUCUUCACGGUGGAGUACCUGCUGCGGCUCUUCGCCGCGCCCAGCCGCUACCGCUUCAUCCGCAGCGUGAUGAGCAUCAUCGACGUGGUGGCCAUCAUGCCCUACUACAUCGGCCUGGUCAUGACCGACAACGAGGACGUGUCCGGGGCCUUUGUCACGCUCCGCGUCUUCCGCGUCUUCAGGAUCUUCAAGUUCUCCCGCCACUCCCAGGGCUUGCGGAUCCUGGGCUACACACUGAAGAGCUGUGCCUCUGAACUGGGCUUUCUCCUCUUCUCCCUCACCAUGGCCAUCAUCAUCUUUGCCACUGUGAUGUUUUAUGCUGAGAAGGGCUCCUCGGCCAGCAAGUUCACGAGCAUCCCUGCCUCUUUUUGGUACACCAUUGUCACCAUGACCACACUGGGGUAAGUCAGCGCUCGUGGACAAGACGAGGGCAG